UUGAAUUGGAAGUCCCCCGGAUGUCUCUCUGUCACUCAGGUACCCACCACUGCGACACCCCCACGUCACGCGCCUUAAUUGUCGCCAUUGAUGCUGGUGGCCCCUUCUUCACGCGGUGUAGUACCUCCACUGCACAAGGCAGUGCGUGUGUGCGUGCAUGUGUAUCUUUGUGUGCAGGGUGGCUGAUGGAGCAGUGGAGUCGUUGAUGUAUCAGAAAGUGGAAGCGGCGCAGGACAAAGAGCUGCAGGCGAAGCGACGCAUCAGCACGCUGGAGAGCUCCGCCGCGCGCCUCUCCCCAUCGACCAGCAGCGGCGGACCGCGCUCCUCUCCAGGUGAGAACGCUUCACAGGACUGAGCUGUGCAUCUCCAUAGGCUUUAGUGGGUUUAAGUCAAUAUCACUGUGUGCAGGCCGGGCGCGUGAGGGCGCGUCUCCCCCAUUAUGCAGUGGAAUCAUCAGGGGCUGGCAGAACGUGCAGAACGAAGUGUUAGAAAGAGGAGAAGUCCACUUAGACUGUUUUACUAACACAAGACAGGAGACUUAUGUUUGGAUGCGUUACCAUGUCCGUCGUGUCGGGAUACAUACCUGGACAGUAAAGAAUAUUGCGCUGUUUGGUGCAGCAACACAUGAAGAGCUGCAGUGAUCCACCACCAGAGGGCGCCACCUCGCCACAUUCCACUAAUGAGGUUAUAAAUAGAAGCAUUCAAGUGCAAAUUAGUUUUCUGGAGUAGUCAUUGGCUUCCAUGGAUUAGAUAAGUACAAAAACACACUUUCAGAUGACGUCAGAAGUAUACGAAUUAGCUGCAAGACCUUGAACUGGUGAAAUAAGGAGGAAUCCUCAUCAUGUAGCGUACAAGAAGUAGAAAGGCAUGUAACAUCAGUUUUGUCUUUGUGAAGAAUGUAAAAUGGAAAAAAAUGCCAGACUUUCUGGGGUUUGAAGAAACAUUAGAUGGCUCCUCAUCGGGCAUGUGUACUGGCUAUAUUUUUUGCGGUCAAACGUUUUGUCCCUCUGUCUCAGGAUGACAGGCAACUUGUCUCUGUGGGUAUCCACACCUGCCUUCUCCCUGCUGAACACGUCUGCUCCACCCUCCCUUGGACCCUGGGAGGCUCCGUCCUUUACAGUGGCCGCCCGCUGCCGUGUAGCAGCCACCCUUGUGCUGUUUGUCUUUGCUGCUGGCAGUAACCUGUCGGUCCUGAUCAGUGUGUGCUGGGGGCGGGGUUAUCGCCUGGCAGCACACCUACGCCCGCUCAUUGCCAGUUUGGCCUCCGCUGAUCUCAUGAUGACCUUUUUGGUGAUGCCGCUGGACGCCAUAUGGAAUAUUACAGUGCAGUGGUAUGCUGGGGAUUUCAUGUGUAAGCUGCUGUGUUUCCUCAAGCUUUUUGCCAUGCACUCAGCUGCAUUCAUACUCGUGGUAGUAAGUCUGGACCGCUAUCGGGCCAUCCUCCAUCCUCUGGAUUCUCUGGAUGCGGGGCUCAGGAACAGACGCAUGCUGCUGGUGGCUUGGACCCUGAGCCUGCUGCUGGCAUCUCCACAGCUGUUCAUCUUUCGGGCGAUUAAAGCCAACGGAGCGGACUUCAUUCAGUGUGUCACCCAUGGAAGUUUCCAGUAUCCCUGGCAGAAGACAGCGUACAAUAUGUUUCACUUUGUGACACUGUAUGUCUUCCCCCUACUCGUCAUGACCUUCUGCUACACCCGCAUCCUCACCAAGAUCAAUGGGCAAAUGCACAAGGGAAAAGAUGGUGAGCACUGCCUGAGACGCAGUGGAACUGACAUGAUAUCCAAAGCCCGGAUUAGGACCCUAAAGAUGACCAUUGUGAUUGUGAGCUCCUUUGUAAUCUGUUGGACUCCCUACUACCUCUUAGGAAUCUGGUACUGGUUCCAACCAGACAUUAUCCAGCACACACCUGAGUACGUGCACCACAUACUGUUUGUAUUUGGCAACCUGAACACAUGCUGUGACCCAGUCAUCUACAGUUUCUACACACCGUCUUUCCGGGCCGACAUUGCUGACGUGGUGGCGUGCUGCCGUGGUCGCCAAAUCAACAAUGCCUCCCCCAGCUCUGUGGACCGUCUGUCCGGAGCGAGAGCUGGAGUUGCUAUGGAAAUGGAGUCCGAUCUGAGCUCAAACCCACACAGUGGGAACCCUUUUUAAAAAGUGGGGAUGUCACUCGCUGCCCUAGUGCACGUUUAAUGCUCAUCCAUGAUGGAAGCUGAACAAUUAAGUCUUUUCUGGAACUGUUUUGAACUGUGGGACCCCUCAGUCCUGAGUUCGGUCCACAAACACAAAUAAGCGGUUGCUAUGUAUGCAGAUCAUCAAAUUUGUUAUUUGUAUUUAACAAUGUUUUGCAUGUGACGCGCAACAUUGUUAUUUGUGCAAAAAGAUGUGAAAUAUGUAUAUCAUAUAUGCUCAGAGAGCAGUCCUGCCUGUCACAUAAGGGUUCUGAAUAGCUUGCCUUAUUUAUAAAUGUUGAUAUAUUUGUGUGUUUAAAAUUAAUUAAUUAAUCAGUUAUGUUCACCUCUCUAUAUGGUGACAGGUGAACAAAUCUUUCAGAUUAUCUGUGUGUUUUGUAUAAAUGAAAGCUUUAAAACUUGCAUGGAAUUGUCAUGUUUGGACAGAAAUAAAUACAGCAUGUGCCCUUACAGGGGCUCCAACACUUAAUAUGACUAAAUAAUCUGACCUCAAAGGUCCUCUUAGUAGCCGUUUUAGAGCCUUUAACUGUGUCUCAGGAACUUUAUCAGUAAAUUUAUCUUGAUAGAUUUAGUCCUGGUGAUGAAUCAGGCUUUUACCCGAGAGACCUAGUCCAGUUGUCCAGUAUACUCUCCUCCUUUCUCCUCCUCUCGUACCCAGUUUUCUAGCCUAGUUUGCUAGUACCCAGUCUCUCCAGUUCCUCUUCCUUCAGUCUGUAAAACAGUGUAUUUUUGAGUGAUGCAGUGAUCGAAAAGUGGCAGGUGGCCUGUUCCGAUCUCAGUACGGCAUGUUCCUUUUUCAGAACGGCAUAAACUUAUCUCAGUACGGCAUGUAGUGGCACGGAUCCUUAAUCCCGCCUCCUCCCGUAAUUGUUUUUUUUUGAGAAAUUAGCACAACACUGCAACUUAAAAUUAGCACAGCAUCUUUAAUAAAGUGAUGUCUUUUUUUAUAUUUGCAAUUUCGUUCUUUGGCUCAAUCUGAGGCUUUAGAGUGAAGAUAAAAGGGUUUCUGUAUUUGCUCAUACAGCCUGAAACUAGUCAUUUGACCAAUGUUUGGUUAACCUAUCGCAGCCAGUCUGUCUAAUAAAUGGUAACAAAUG